CUAAGAUGAAAAUGGGGCAUCAAGUGCUCGUGAAUAAAAGACGCGCAUUUUAACGUAAUUUCUUGCGGGUUGUGUUUUAUGCAGUUAUAACGGCAUUCAAGGGGUCUACUGUUUCUUUCGACGCCUAGGAAAACAGUUAUCUACCCCAAGACACCUUAAGUCGUAACUUUGUUUAAUCAUUCAUAGUUUUCUUGAUGGUCAGAUCAUCCACUUGUUGCACGAGUUUGAUUUGAAUUUCAGUAUUUCCUCGAACAGGAAAAGUUCGAAUAGAACACUCAUUACUCGUUUACUUGUUAUUCGUCAAAGUGUACACUUCUACUCGGAAGUGUAGUCAUCAUUCUUUUAAUCGUUAGAAAUGGCUCAGAAUGAUUGCGAUGUGCAGAUUAAAUACAUAUAUGAUUUGCCUUUUCUCGAACGAGCAGAGCUAUGUAGACUUCUGAACCAGGCAAAUAAGUGGGUGGAACUCGCAGGUAGAUACAUGAAUUUCAAUGAUCUAACUAUUGAACAAUUGAAGAAGCACAAAAAUCCAACAGACGAGCUCCUGACAAAAUGGAGCCAUCAAAACCAUACCAUUGUCGAACUGUUUAUCGCACUAUCAAGGAUGCAACAUUACAAAUCGAUGCUUACUCUCAAACCUUUUGUAGAUCGCAAAUAUCAUGUGCUGAUAGGUAACAGAAAUUCGAAUAUUAGUAGAUUAGUACACCGGAAGGAAGUCGGUCUUAAUUCAAAAGAUUUGAAAAUUGGUUCUCAAAACUUCAACCAAGUUCACCCGGUCCAAAUUGAGGAUCCAAAAGUUGUAAUUAAUCAAAGCGAUAAUGAAGAAGGAACAAAAAUCUUGAACAGACAACCAGAACCAAACAAUGGUUUUAUACCAAGUAAUUCGAAUAACUUGCUGGCACCCUCGUCUGUACCAUUUCCAAAUGCUGCACCUACCCUACGACCUGUUAUCAGUACCACUAAGAUUGAUAACCAACUUGUGUUUACCUCGGUCGAUACUACUUUGCCUCAGGUCUCAUAUGAUGAAUUAGCUAGGGCAACCAAUGGUUGGAGUGUCCAUGCUAUUUUGGGAAAGGGUGGUUUUGGCACUGUGUUCAGAGGUACUUGGAAGAAUACACAAGUGGCAAUUAAGAGAAUAGAACAGCGUGGGUCUGCUACAAAUGAGCGCCAUGCAAUUCAGCUCCAGCAAUCUUUAAGAGAAUUAAAGAUCUUGGACUCAUACAGACAUGAUAACAUAUUAUCACUGUAUGCCUAUAGUAUGGGUGACGAUGCACCCUGUUUAGUAUAUCAAUUCAUGCCCAAUGGUUCUUUGGAAGAUAGGCUAUUGUUAAGACGAGGAACAAAACCUCUAUCUUGGUUGCAAAGGCAUGAAAUAGCCAAAGGAACAGCUAGAGGCUUACAGUUUUUACACACUAUUGGGGAUAAGCCUCUGAUCCAUGGUGAUAUCAAAAGUGCUAAUAUUUUGUUGGAUAAGAACCUUGAACCAAGGAUCGGUGAUUUUGGAUUGGCCCGAGAAGGAGCGGAAAAGGACUACAUGAAAGUGAGCAGAAUUCACGGCACAAGGCCUUACCUACCACACGAAUUCUUACAUGACAAAAUCUUGUCAACAAAAAUUGAUACCUAUAGUUACGGGAUUGUACUAUUUGAGCUAGCCACUGGCUUAGCAGCAUACGAUGGUGGAAGACCAGAGAAUAAAUUUCUGAAGGAUUUUAUGGACAGUCAAGAAGAAAGAAACCUAUUGUUUUUAAAAGACGAUAAAGCUGGCAAGGAAAACGAACAGGUGUAUGAUAAUUUAAUCAUUUUAGGAAAGUGGUGUUCUAACAGAUUAUCUAAAGACAGACCCGAAAUGGUUUUGGUUCUUCAAAAAAUCGACGAGCUUUGAACAUCAAAAGCCAAAUUUUUUAUUCAAGUGGCCAGACUCUAAAGUGGUAUCCAAAAUUAGAUAAUUAUAAUAACGAACCAAUUAUUGGUCAUAUUUUCAAAUUUAAUUCAUUGGCAUACAUCACCACUUACAUUCUAAGAACAAAAUUAGGAAUCGAUUGUGAUACACUGUAAAUAUGAAAUUCAUACCCAAUAUAGUAUAUUUUAUGUAUGUACAUAUACAAAAGUGAAGACUUUAGAAUAUAUCAAUUUAUUUUAUUUGAA